CAGAUCAGCGGUGGCUGGCAGGGGGCUGCUGGCCCUAUAUGGCAGCCCAGAGGGGAACUAAAAAUAGUUUGCAGACUUCCAGCGUAGUAAAAGCAUUUGUGGGCUUGGAGUGGAGUCUGCUUCUGAAGCAUCUUUCACAGCUGAGGCUCUGACGUACUGGAGGACACUGCAUCUGCCUCAGUGACAAGGAGAGGGGUGAGCUGGACCCUCUGGAGAGCUGAGAAAGAAAUUGCAUUUGGUGGUCACCUGAGGAACUUACCUUCAUGCCAGCGCUGCUCUGAAAUGAGUUGAGUCCAACAUUCAUGUCUGGUAAGAUGCCUCAGGAGCAAUACGCGCACAGGAGCACCAUGCAGACCUCGGAAGGGCCCCAAGUAUACAAAGUCGGGAUUUAUGGCUGGAGGAAGAGAUGCCUCUAUUUCUUUGUGCUGCUCCUAAUGAUCUUAAUCCUGGUGAACCUUGCUAUGACCAUCUGGAUUCUGAAGGUCAUGAACUUCACAAUUGAUGGAAUGGGGAACCUGAGAAUCACAGAUAAGGGUCUGAAGCUGGAAGGAGAUUCAGAAUUCUUGAAACCUCUCUACGCCAAAGAAAUCCGGUCAAGACCAGGCAACCCACUAUACUUCCAGUCUGCCAGAAAUGUUACAGUGAACAUCCUCAAUGAGAAGACAAAAGUCCUCACUCGCCUAGUAACAGGUCCCCAAGCAGUGGAAGCACACAGCCAAAAAUUUGAGGUGAAAACCCUCUCUGGAAAAUUGCUGUUUUCUGCAGAUGACAACGAAGUGGUAGUUGGAGCAGAGAGAUUGAGAGUUUUAGGAGCAGAAGGCACAGUGUUCCCUAAAUCUAUAGAAACUCCCAAUGUCAGGGCAGACCCCUUCAAGGAACUAAGACUGGAGUCACCCACACGUGCACUGGUGAUGGAGGCUCCAAAGGGCAUCGAGAUCAACGCUGAGGCCGGCAGCUUGAAAGCCACGUGCAGGACAGAGCUCAGGCUGGAAUCCAAAGAUGGAGAGAUAACACUGAAUUCUGCAAAAAUCAAACUACCUAACUUGCCUCAAGGAUCUUCCUCUUCUGCAGGGUCCAGGCAAAAAAUCUACGAGCUCUGUGUGUGCCCCAAUGGGAGGUUAUUUCUGUCUCAGGCAGGCACUAGUUCCACCUGCCAGAUAAAUACAAGCGUCUGCCUUUGAGAGACAAUUUGCAGUGGGGCAUCGCAGGCAGCACAAAAGCCAAUUCUGGUCUCCUAGGUUGCAGCUGCCAACUAUUUUUACUAGAACACAGAAAGCCUAUCAAAGACUUUUUUUGUGUGCGCGCGUGUGUGUGAAUAUAUAUAUAAAAAUAUAUAUAUAUAUAUAAAAUUAUAUAUAUCCUCUGUGUAAAAUGAUGUUUCAGUACAAGGAAUCCCAGGGUGACCCUGUUACAUUUGUGUAGCAUUUCUCUUUCCCACACCAAAAUUUACUGGUACAAUCUACUGAAUUGGGCUUGAUGCUCCCCUGGACCCUUCUGUAAUAGUACAGUCUAAUGAUCACCCCUUGUUUUUGACCAUGUUCUAAGAGUAGUGGGAUUGCUGAGCCCGGAACCAAUGUAGACCCACCAACAUACUAAAAGAAGAGUAGCAUCUCUGAUUAUUUUUGCACCACUAUAUCAGUGGCAUGAGAAAAACAGAACAGCCAGAUGUGCUCUACUGCUUGCCUAGAGUGAUCCAAGACACUUGGGGUUAAACUGCGCCCUUUAAUUUUCACCUUCUCAGCUCCAUGGCUCCAUGCUGGGAGAGAUGGGUUGCACUUUGCCAAUAGAGAAGUCCUAAUCUUGCUGAAUUACUUUCUGAAGGACUCAGAUUCUUUCCUGUACCUGUAAUGAAUGCCUUGUGCUAUUCAAAUGUCACACUCAGCUCUAACCCCAACCUGAAGUCAUCUCUGGGCUAACAAAAAUUAGCACUGUAUUUGUUCUUGAUAGGAAAAAAAGUUAUGAAAAUUGGACUAGAAGAGAAAAAUCUUGAACCAGUUUAGUUAACAGGUGUCCUGGAUUACCCUACGCAACCUCUAUUACCACCUUUAAUUUUGAAGUGAUCUAACAUACCUGAGAAGGUGUAAGAUUUGGAACUUACCCACCAACACCUAUAGAAACAAAGAAAAUCACCUGUUGAAUUUCUGUGUUUCUAUGGGUUUAUCUGGAUUUGAUGUAUAAUAUCUAUGCUAUGUUAGAAUUUUUGUCCUCUUUCUAUUCGGGACACGCAGUCCAAGAUCACAUACAUUUUGUGGAGGUUGCAAAAGUCAGAGAUGCUGACAAUGAAAUAGAUGUUUUUUUAAGACUCUAGGAAGAUUCUUACAAAUUCAGAUUACUGUGAAGUGAAGGCUUUGGAUGCUGGUUCCUCUAGAAUUCCAGCCCCAGAAUCUCUGUGGUCAGAUCUCUUCAAGGGUGUGUUUUUCUUACUGAAGUCAAGGAGUUACUUGAAGGCAGGAUAAACCAUAAAUCUGAUCUGGUGACGUUACCAGUGAUUAACUUUUGAGGAAAAAAAAAAAAUUGAAAUGAGCCCAGAUCUUUUAAUUUUGACCCAUAA